AUGCGUGUUAAUACUGAUAUCAAACUUGAUGAGUUUAAGGAACAAGUUUGCAAGGAAUUGAAGCAAUUUACUCCACUUGGUAUUUGUUUCUUCUUCCGAGAAGGUGGGAAAGAAUUUCCGCUUGACUGUGAUUAUUCGUUGCAAGCUCUUGUAUCCAUCACAAAUAGUAAAAAGAAGACCAGUAUCGAUAUUUUCUUGCAAAAUGUUACUUAUGUAGCCUCUUCAUCUAGCUCUAGGGAAGAUUCUUCUAUUUCUAAUGGUUCUACUUCUAUUGAUGAAAAGAACGAAAUGUUUCAGGCCUAUAAUCGCAGGGAAAAGGUUUAUAAGACCAUUUAUGGCGACGAUGUGAAGUCAUACUCGCACUUGGUAUGGUAUAUUGAUGAUAUAAAGGAAACCAACCCUGGUAGUGUGAUAAAGUUUGAAUUUGAUCCUGCAAAGAAACAGUUCCAACGGAUUUUCAUUGCGUUUGAUGCAUGCAUCAAAGGGUACCGAUUUUGUCGGCCAAUGGUAUACUUGUAUGCUACUUUCCUUACUGGUAGAUUCAGAGUUUGCUUGAUAGCAGCUACUGGUAUCAAUGGUGGUAAAGGAUUUUUACCACUUGUUGUGGCACUAGUCGAUUCUGAGACUGUCAAUAACUGGGAGUGGUUUAUAUGGAAUUUGACUGAAGUUGUUGGCGAUGGGAGGCCAAUUACCUUCCUUUCGGAUCGCCAUGAAGGACUCUUGCAGGGUGUUCCACUUGUCUAUCCAGAUUCGUUCCACAGCUUUUGCUACUAUCAUUUGAAGACUAAUCUGCCCAUCAAUGGAUCAGAUCCUAGGUACACGCUUGUGCUGGACCUUUUCCAAGAACCAACAUACGCACUCUCACCUAAAAACCAUGCUAAGGCCAUACAGAAAAUUAGAGAUUUGAACUGUGAUUGGGUGGCUGUUUACAUCGAGACCAUCCCACCUGAAUCAUAUGUGAAUGCCUAUUUCAAAGGUUGUCGGUAUGGACGCACAUCUAGGACACUAGCAGAAGCGCUCAAUAACUGGGUUAUGAUUAAGAGGAAAAUAAUGGUAAUGAUGGAAGACCGUUGUGAAAUUGGCGCUAAUAUGAUGACUCCAUUAACCCCAGAGUAUGAGGAGAAGCUUGAGGCUCUUCAAGAUGAAGGAUGUGUAACUUCUAGUUACACUAGACAUAUGGAUAUGUGGCGUGUAUACGGUUUCCCUUGUUCUCAUGCUCUUGCAGCCAUACGGAAGAUUAAACGUGAGGCUAUUGAUUUCAUUUCACCUUAUUUUACGAGCGACUAUUUUAGGAAGACUUAUUUGCAUGCCAUCCAUCCAAUUCCAAACUACAACAGGCCUGUUGAAAUUAAAGAAGGUGACAUCAUCAACCCGCCUAUCGUAAAGAAGCAACCAGGUAGACCCGCAGGAAAAAAGGAUUCUAAGUAA